UCAAAGUACGCGGAGACAGGCCGCAUUUGUCUCCAAGACUUCUUCUACGCCACUUUUUAGCAGCGCAUUUAGUGGGAUUGUGACGCGGAUGGCGAGGACGGUCUGUGGUUGAGAAGGCGGCAUAUCCCUCAUCGCAAAGUCCUAGUGUGGCAUCGCCGAUUAAAAAUGUCAUCAGGUCAAUAUGAUCUACCCCCGGAGGAAAGAAGGCUGAUAGAAGAACGUCGUAAUCACCGCAUGAAAUUGAAAGGCCAAUGGCAGAAAUUGGUAUCGAACCCCCAUGGUCGUCAAGGCGGUGGAUAUGUGUUUGACCCGGCCAUUCAGCGGUUCAUGUCGAUGCGCGUGACGCAGUAUGAUACGUUCCGGCCGACGCUGGGCAACUUCUUCCGCGGCGUCGGUAUCACCGCCAUCCCCAUCCUGCUGUUCUGCCAUCUGAUGUGGUGGGAUCGGGAGCGGUUAGAGAAGAAAUACAGCACGGGGCAGGUGGCCUACAAGGACCGGCUAUGGAAGACGUAUCGCUAAUGGUUGGACAGUACUGGUCCCCGAGUGUGGGUGGAGCAGUUGUGAAUAGUGUGAACACGUGCGACGCAGUAAAAUAAACUAAUAGACGCAA